CCCCGCUGCCCCGCAGUCUUUAUUUUUAAGUUUGUUAAUUCGUUUCCACCCUCGCCGCCCAUGCAACCAGGCAACCUAUUAUCAACGGUUGUAUUAGCAUUUGAUGAGUCUACCAAUACUUCGCUAGGGCUGUCCUUAGCAGACAGGAAACGGGUGAUCAGCGCUGCAUAGUCGUAUGCUUCAUCGCGAUCUAGACUGCCCAUCCUUUACAUAGAACGAACAUUCCAGGUUAUAUGUUAUAGUUACUCCGUAGCAUUCUCUAUAUAAAAGACGUUCAAGUUCCAUUACUCUUUAACCUUUAACUACUAUAUCUUCCCCUAUCUAAUUCUUAUGAAUUUUAUGAAAUAACUAAGUAACACGUCAUAACACGUCAUCACAGACAAUUACUUAUACUAUUAUAACAAUAUGCCUACCCAACCGGAGAACAUUCGUAUCGACAUCGCCAACUUAGUUGCAGUAGCACAAGGUCCCACCAGUCCGCAGCACGAAAAAGAGGCUGCGCGCGCAAUAAGUAUAACCGACAGCUGGAAACCGUCCUGGGGACACCAGCAGAGUUACCGCAACGAAGACCGGAAGCACGCACUACAGAUGAACGACGUAUGGGACGUCAAGGUGGGCCCGGGGUUCAGCGAGCGCAAAUCGUCUACCUGACCUAACGUACUAUAUACCUCUAUCAACAACAUGUAUUCUUUUCAAACAACUCGCGGGCCAUGGGAAUAUGAAGGGAAAUUGCAUAAGUGCUUUCAAUUAGCAAUAUUACUAGAUUGAGUUGUUUUUUACAUACGGACGAUGGUAAUAUACGGGUUAGCCUUAUACGGGGAGUUCCGGACUUUUGAAUUAUCGUAAGGGGGCGGAAUGGGAUUCAGCAUGGUCAAUUGGAUGGGGGACGAAACGGUACAAAGGGGUUGGAAACAAGAUUGAAAAGGCAGCAUGACCCCAACAUAUUGGAACGUCUCUUACACCUAUUGUACCUACCUACAUGUAGGCACCUAGGUUAGGUUAGGUACUUCCGUGUGCGAUUGUGUAUUACAUCAAUUAUACCUAAUAUUUACCUAAUGUCUCGUGACUACAUAACUUAGCAGAUGCAGUCUGCAGAGCUAGGCUGUGUUAUCUGAUAUGUAAGUCAUUCAACGUCUACAUUAUAAC